GCCGCCGCCGCCGCCGAUAUGGCGCGCACGGCCCCUGUGGAGCCCCCGCUGCGGCAUCCCGCGCCCCCCUCGCCGGCCACGGGCGAGCCCCGCACCUCGGUUGAGGCAGCGGUGGCUCCGCGGAGGGUACUCUUCGCCGACGAGGCCCUGGGGCUGCCGCUGGCGCAGCUGCGCCGCUACCGGCCAUGGGGCGGGCCCGGGGCGGGCAAGAUGGCGGCGGCGGCCGGGCAAGAUGGCGACGGCGGAGGGGCUGAGGAGGACGACGAUGGCGAGGAUGGGGAUGAAGGGGAGGAGGAAGAGGAAGCUUGCUCCGAGCCCUCGCCGCUAUGCCCCGUGCCCGCCGGAGGGGGGUUUUACCUGGUGCCCACAUUUUCGCUGCCGCCCGCGCUGGGCCGUCUGGAGCGCUUGGGGCGCGUCAUGGUGGAGCUGGAGGCACUGCUGCCGCCUCCUGGAGCGGUUCCCGGGGGUGCCGGGGUUUGGGUGCCAGGGGGGCGCCCGCCGGUACUGCGCGGGUUGGUUCGCGUGCUGAACCGCUCCUUCGAGAAGGCGGUGCACGUGCGGGCCUCACACGACGGCUGGGCUUCCUUCUGCGACCACCCAGCGCGCUACGUCCCGCGCAGCCCGCCGGGGGCAGGAGCGGGAGGACCAGGAACAGGAGAUCCCAUCCUGGAUCCGGGCCUUGGCCUGGGCCCUGGCCAGGCGCCCGCCUCCUCGCCCGACGACGGCGGCCACACCGACCGCUUCGCCUUCCAGCUGCCCUUUGCUGAGGGCGCGGGCGAUGGGGCGCGCCUGGACUUCGUGGUGCGCUAUGAGACCCCCGAGGGCACUUUCUGGGCCAACAACCACGGCCGAAACUACACAGUCCUGCUCCGGAUUGCACCCGCUCCCACACCCACUGAUGCCGAAGGGCUGCCCCAGCAGCAGCAGCUGCCGCAGCUGGAGCCACAGCCUGAGUGCCAGGGUCCGGUGGAGGCUGAGGCCAGGCAGCUGAAGAGCUGCAUGAAGCCGGUGAGGCGCAGGCCUAAUGAGGAAGAGCUGAAGAUGAAAAUGAGGAGCCCGGAUGAUAAUACCACUAUUGUGGCGGAGCGUCCUGAUGUCCAGGAGUCAGUUGGUCCCCUGGUGGCCCCCACUCCUCUUCGUCCAUGGCCCCAGAUGACACUUCAGGUGUCUGAAGUUACAGUGACUGGCAAAACCCCAGAGGAAGGAGAUGGCCCUCGAAGCAGUCCACCGGUGGCUUUCACAGAGGUCCCCCAGGCACCAGUCAUCAGGAUCCCUGCUGCCUCCUCUCUCUGUGGCCUGGGAGGCGCCCCCAGGGACCAGGCCUCAGGGCCCGAUGCAAGUGAGGGGCCAGCGGGGCCUCUUCUGGAACCCAGCCAGCACCAGGUGGAGACCACGUGGGAAGUGCUGAGCGAGAAUGGAAGGGGCCGAAAGGACCCUAUGGUGGGGGCCAUUAUGGAUGAGCCCCCUGGGGGUCUGGAGGCCGUGAGUGGGUUGGAGGAGCUUCUUGGCGAGGACACCGUUGACCAGGAGCUGGAGCAGCUCUACCUGUCCCACCUGAGCCGCCUUCGGGCUGCUGUGGCUGCAGGUGGGGCGGGAGGUGGUGGGGAGGGCCCUGCAGAUGGGGGAUUGUCCCCCAGCCAGCCCCUGGGCAUACUCACGGACCGCGACCUCAUCUUGAAGUGGCCUGGCCCCGAGCGGGCCCUGAACAGCGCCCUGGCUGAGGAGAUCACCCUGCACUAUGCCCGCCUGGGGCGUGGUGUGGAGCUCAUCAAGGACACAGAGGACCCUGAUGAGGAGGGGGAGGGCGAAGAAGGGCUCUCCGUGAUACCCUCCAGUCCUGAAGGGGACACCCCAAAGGAGUCGCCUCCAGAAAUACUCUGUGGGGCCCAUCCGGUGGUAGCCACUAUGGGAGAUGUGUGGCUCCCCUGGGCAGAGGGUUCGGGAUGUGACAGCCCUGUGGAUUUGGGGACAGAGGGUCAGUUUACUGUGGCUUCAGGAAAGGGGAUGGACAAGGAUACUGAUUCUUUGCACAUGACUAGGAUGAUAGCUGGGGUGACAGGGUCCCUGGGAGUGUCUGGGACAGAAGCCCAGAUGGAGUUUACCAGUGAGUGGGCAGACAGUUUGGUUCCUAUGUCUGGCCAGGAGUUAGCUGCUCCAGCCCCUCAGGGGCAAAAUCUCACCCUCCUUGGCCCCUCAGGCACUGAAGUCUGCCCUUCCAGCCUGGCCAAGUCCCACACGAGCUCUCAGGAGGAAGAAGGUUCAGGCCCAAGCCUUGAGUCCCCCAAAAGGUCUCCCACCCCAGGAGCCCCAGCAGAAUGUGUGUGUAUAUUACCUCCCCAGCUCCGGGGACCUUUGACCCAGACUCUGGGGGUCUUGGCUGGGUUGGUGGUGGUCCCUGUGGCUCUGAACAGUGGUAUGUCCCUCCUGGUGCUUGCACUGUGCCUCUCCCUGGCCUGGUUCUCGUAGGGGCUGCUGGUGGGAUCAGCAACAACAGGCUUUCCUCUCUCUCUGGGGCCCCGGGAGGGGAAGGCCUUGAACCACCGCCAGAGGGAUCAGAUGGGAUAUGUGACCUAUACAGUGAAGAGACCGUGGUCCUUUGAUUCUGAGAAUGUUUCCACUGGAGAGAGCCUUCCUUCCUGUCCCUGUCCAAGUCCCCGAGCUCUUGUCUGCAUAGGGCUCCCUGCAGUGACACCAGUGGAGAGGAGGAGGGACUGUUGGAAGGUGUGAAUGAAAACUUUAGAAUGGAACUGGGCAUGUCCUCCCCCCCACCCCGAGCCUGUAUUUAUUUUUGUAUAAUUCUCUGGAUGAGGGAGAGUGGUCGUGAGCUGGUCUUGGGGCACAAUUACCCAGAGAUAUAUUUAUUAACAGCCAACCUGUGCAACCUGCUGGAGCUUUAUUUUUAAUUUAAUUUAUAUAGAGUACCUAUUAUUAUAUGCCACAAUAGAGCUCUAUGAGAAACAAAGUGUCCUCCUGUGCAGUGUCUCCUGUUUGAGCAUGAGUGGGCAGGGUGGGUAAAUGGGCAGGGUGGUCACGUUGUUUUGUGGGAGGGCCGUUGGGAGUGAGGGGUUGGGAUGUGGUCAUGACUGCUGCUGCUGCUAUUUCAAAUGUUCUUGU